AUGGCUCGCCUCUUAAAGUCUCGCAGAGUGAUCACUAAUCAACACGGACAGCACAUCAAUGAGAAGAAGAAAAAGAAGAACAGCAACAAUAAGGAAAUCUAUAGAGAGAGGCCAAAGAGCUUUGAUGAAUCCAUCCUUCUCACUCAUAACUCUUCAACGAACAGUCAUGAUUCCAAAUCUUCUUCCGGAUCCUAUACUAGCUCAUCUGUCUUUUCGGGAUUUGAUUCAGAUGUACCAAGUGAGGCUGCGGAGAAGAAAGCUUAUCCUCUACCUACACCUUCGAGUUUGUCUUCUGAGCCAUCUAUGAAAUACAAUGAAGAACUGACCAUGUUUGGUUCUGAAAUGGUUUUGCGUUCAAGCACUAAUUCACCUGUCUCCUUUUUUCCUACUUCUUCUAUUGAUGAUGCUCCUGUCCAUGAUCAUGAGGAUUUUGGUCCUUUCAGCGCAGUUGAAGAAACCAAGUGCAGAAACUCAUGGACAAGAACUUCCAGUCCUGGAUCAAAAGCUUUGACAGCUCAUAGAUCACCUCUGCCUCCAAUUUGGGAUGCUGGUUUUGAGUCCCCAAGUAAAAAGCAAGAAAACAACAGGCAUCCCUGUCAUCCUUUGCCCCUUCCUCCCAGUUCUCCUACCAAAUCAUACCUGAAUCUCCUGUCAAAUUGGAAGAAGGGAAAGCUUAUAGGAAGAGGAACAUUUGGCCAUGUUUAUGCUGCGUUCAACAGUGAAAAUGGACAAAUGUGUGCAAUGAAGGAAGUGAGGGUUAUUUCUGAUGAUCAGAACUCAAAUGAAUGUCUCAAGCAAUUAAAUCAGGAGAUAGCAUUGGUUAGUGAGCUCUCACAUCCAAACAUUGUUCAAUAUUAUGGAAGCAAACUGGGUGGAGAUAAGCUCUCGGUAUACUUAGAGUAUGUUUCUGGUGGUUCAAUCCAUAAAUUGCUAGGUGAGUACGGUCCAUUCUCAGAACCCGUAAUACAAAAUUACACCAAGCAGAUUCUUUCUGGGUUAGCUUACUUGCAUGGAAGGAAGACAGUGCACAGGGACAUCAAAGGUGCAAACAUACUGGUCGAUCCUAAUGGCCAUAUAAAGCUCGUUGACUUUGGCAUGGCUAAACAUGUUAUAAAGAACACUAGUGGUUACAGUCUUGCCGUCGAUAUAUGGAGCUUAGGUUGCACAAUUCUUGAGAUGGCAACUUCAAAACCACCAUGGAGCCAAUAUGAGGGGGUAGCUGCAAUAUUUAAGAUUUCAAACAGCAAAGAUUAUCCUGAAAUCCCCAGUCACCUAUCAGAAGAUGCACGGGCUUUUGUUAAACUAUGCCUCCAGAGGGAUCCAUCUCACAUACCUAAGGUAUUUUCAGGCAAGAUCAAUGUAGUUCAGAUAUUCACAAUUCAAUCGGUUCAACCCACGCACACAGAGCAACGAAGAACCAAUGAGAAACCUGCUGGCCGGUAA